AUGUACCCCUUGACUCUAUUAAACAAUUCUUUGGAUUCUCAGAGUGCAAUCCUUGCCUUAGAUGAUACAGCAUUAGACCCUGAUCAGAUUGAGAACCUUAUUAAGUUUUUUCCUACAAAAGAAGAGAUUGAAUUACUCAAGAUUGUAAGACUUUUAGAUGCUCAUAACAGAGUAGAUGGCAUCGUGUACAUUAUGCAAAUAAUCACGUUUGAGUUUGCAUAUAAUUUGAUUACUUGCUCAGUAUUUGGUGACAGUUUUUUCCUAGAAUUGAUGACAGUGCCACCAGUAGAGUCUAAGCUAAGAGUUUUCUUAUUCAAAAUACAAUUUUAUUCCCAGGUUUCUGAUCUUAGAAAUAGUUUGGACAUUGUAAACUCUGCUGUUGGAGAGGUGAGGAAUUCGGUCAAAUUGAAAAGGAUCAUGCAAACUAUUCUUUCUCUGGGAAAUGCUUUGAACCAAGGAACUGCUAGGGGUUCUGCUGUUGGUUUUCGGUUGGAUAGUCUCCUUAAACUCACAGAUACACGAGCUCGGAAUAAAAAGAUGACUCUCAUGCAUUAUCUUUGUAAGGUCCUGAGCCAAAAGUUGCCAGAAUUAAUAGAUUUUCCAAAAGACCUUGCGACUUUGGAAUCUGCAACAAAGGUACAAUUGAAAUGUUUGGCAGACGAGAUGCAAGCCAUUAGUAAAGGGUUGGAGAAGGUCAUCCAAGAACUAGCUGCCUCGGAAAAGGAUGGUCCAGUGUCUGCAACAUUUUGUAAGACUGUAAAGGAGUUCCUUAGUUUUGCUGAAGGGGAAGUCAAGUCUUUGACUGCGCUUCAUACUUACGUGGGUAAAAAUGCAGAUGCAUUGGCUCAUUAUUUUGGAGAAGAUCCUGCACGUUGCCCAUUUGAGCGAGUCAUGGCUACUCUGCUCAGCUUUUCGAGGAUGUUUGUCAAAGCACAUGAGGAAAACUGCAAGCAACUUGAAAAUGAUAAGAAGAAAGCUAAGGAGGCAGAAAAUGAGAAGCCAAAAAAUUAUGGAGGGAAAACUCUUGGAAGCUUAGAGCACAAAUGUAUCGGAGAAGAACGCGUAGUCUAA